GAGGAAGAGUCGCGUAAAAAAGAAGAGGCUAAGAAACAAAAAGAGGAACUGGAAGCACGCAAGAAAGAAGAAGAAGCUAGAAAACUGAAAGAAGAAGAGGAUCAAAAGCAAAAAGAGGAAGCUGAGAAGCUAAAAGCAGAACAAGAGCGCAAAAAGAAAGAAGAAGAGGACAAGAUAAAACUGGAAGAAGAAGUACGCAAGAAAGAAGAAGAGGCUAGAAAACUGAAAGAAGAGGAAGAUCAAAAGCAAAAAGAGGAAGCUGAGAAGCUAAAAAAGUACGCAAGAAAGAAGAAGAGGCUAGAAAAACUGAAAGAAGAGGAAGAUCAAAAGCAACAAGAGGAAGCUGAGAAGCUAAAAGCAGAACAAGAGCGCAAAAAGAAAGAAGAAGAGGACAAGAUAAAACUGGAAGAAGAAGUACGCAAGAAAGAAGAAGAGGCUAGGAAACUGAAAGAAGAAGAAGAACAAAGGCAAAAAGAGGAAGCUGAGAAGCUAAAAGCAGAACAGGAGCGCAAAAAGAAAGAAGAAGAGGCUAGGAAACUGAAAGAAGAAGAAGAACAAAGGCAAAAACAGGAAGCUGAGAAGCUAAAAGCAGAACAAGAGCGCAAGAAGAAGGAAGAAGCGGAUAAACUUAAACAGGAAGAAGAGUCACGUAAAAAAGAAGAUGAGGCUAGAAAACUGAAAGAAGAAGAAGAAGAAAGGAAGAUGAAAUUAAAGCAUGAGGAAGAAGAACGCAGGAAAGCUGAAGAAGAAGAGAAACUGAAACAAGUGAAAGAGAAAUUGCAGAAAGCUGAGUCGGAUACUUUGAAACAAAAGGCUGAGGAAUUGCAAAUGAGGAAAGACAAGCGGAAAUUGCAACAAGAAGAGGAGGAACGUAAGGAGAAGGAGGAAAUUGAGAAACGGAAGCAAGAACAAGAGCAAAGGAAGAAAGAAAGAGAGGAACGCACGAAGAAAGAGGAAGAAGAACGAAAUAAACGAGAGAAGAGGAACGAAAACGGAAAGAGGAAAGAGCAAGAUUAAGAAAGGAAGAAGAGGAUCGUAGAAAAGCUGAGAACGAAGAAAGGCUGAGAAAGGAGCAGGAGAAAGAAGAACAAAGACGAGAAGAGAGCAAGCGUCGCAGAGUGGAACAAGAGAAACAGAUCAGACAGGAAGCUGAAAAGAUAA